AGUUGUCAUAGCAGGGUAGGACAGAUUUUUAGUCUUUUUUUAACCAAAGUUUUGAUUAUAUAUCAAUUUUCAGGGAAAGUUUUACCUUUUUUCAUGUCAGAUAGAUAGGCAGACAGACAUACUCUUCAAUAUGUAUUGAAUACACACUGUGUAAGAUACUGCCCAGGAAUACACCAUGCAUUAAUAGCACAUUGUUGUGUAGGCUACAGUAAAUCAAGGUACUGAAUUGUUGCCAUAGAUUAGAAUAGAACUAUUUAACAUAUAGCUCUGUCAUCAAGCCCUCCACUAAUAGUGAGAGUCUCCUAUACAGUAGGAUGGAGAUGGAGAAUAGAGUGGGAGGAGAGAGGAAGAAAUAGAGGGGAGGAGAUUCAAAACCGUCAGCAAGCAGGCAUUCAUGCCUUCUCCCCGAUUUCCUCUCUCUCUCUCUCUCUUUGUCCCCCCUCCCCACACUUUGUCUGUGUCGCUCUCUCACCUCUCUCCUCCUAUACUGAGAAGUCAGCCAAUGCAUCAGCCUGCAGCUCAUCUGGCAUCCGCUCUCACCCCCCCCCCCCCCCUGCCUCAGUUCCUCACUUCUCUCUGCUCCUCUGCUGACUGACACUUCUGAUACCUCUUUCGUCUUCCCUUCCUUCCUCCCCUUCUUCUCAUCUUUUCACCCGCACCUCAUCCUCCUCAUCCUCAAGCCGCCAUGGUGAACAGAUAACCGCCCGGCCGUCCCAAGACCAUGGGUGCCUGCCUCUGCAAAGGUCACAAAGAGUUCCACCAUCCCAUGACGGCAUCGCAGGACCAGGCUGUGGAGGGUCAGACAUCCUCUGCCAAGGAUGACCAGAAUCCAUCCAACGGCAGUGUGGCAGAUAAAAGCAGCGGCUAUGAUAUUGGCGAGCUGGCCACCUCCUCUUUGAUGGGUCUGGUGGCCACGAUAAAGGAGCAUAUAACGCAGCCGACGGCGAUGGCCCAGGGGCGAGUUGCUCACCUGAUUGAGUGGAAGGGUUGGGGUGGAGGUGGCGAAGCUAGGGGAGGUGGGGGUGGUUGGAGCGGGGCCCGGGGUAAAGGAGGCGGAGGCUGGGGGGGGAUAGGGGCCGAGCUGCAGGAAGAUGAGCAGUUCUACUCCCAAAUGACGGACGAGAUCAAGGAGGCUCGCUUCGCUGCAGGCGUAGCAGAGCAGUUUGCCCUGGCUGAGGCAUCAAUGAAUGUGUGGUCGAUGAACGACGGCUUGGAGCAGCCGUCCACCAGUUUACAAGCAGCACAAAGCCACUUCUUGUCCCAGUUCCUGCUGGACGGUGGAAGCGUCAGCGUUCCCCAACACCUGUACAGCAUCCACGCCCAGACUUACGGCGACAACAGGGCGGCCAAUCUGGUCCCUCCAUCAGUGGUUGACUCCAUUUCCCCAACGUCCAACACCCAGCAGGACAGAGAACGUCCCCUCGAGGACAAGAGCACUGCGACUGCAGAGGCUGCUGUACGACACGUAGACAGCAGCUCGCUAUCCGAGGAUGACGUUUUUUAUAACUAGGUUUAACAGGAAAACAAGCCAGCAAUUUUGAUGGCAAUCUCUUAAAUGAGCCUCAUUGAGGGGACUUGAGUCUCAGCCACCAGCACCGACUGCUACAAAGAAAAAAAAAGGUAGACAUCUGAAAUAUCUCAAGAGGCAAUUCCACAAAUGGCUCGUCUGGGAAGGUUUCAGCAUCUGGUCUUCAGAUACAGACUCCAAAUUGUAUUUUCUCUCCAGUUGAGGCGUAUACUUUUGUGAAUGUACAUAGUUCCACUGUUACAUUUUUAUUUUUUAUUCAAUGUACAUUAAACACUUUCAUAUUAUAGGUAGAACUGAACUGUGAAGAGUCGAACGAUACUGGUG